GAGUGACGCACAUACGUCUUGUACUCGCAGGCCUACGUGACGCGCGAGCCCCGAAUCAACUGAUACUGUGUAUAAAUGAACCCUUUGCGUGAUUUACCAGGAUUUCCACGCAGCGAAAUGUAUGAAGAGAUGUCAGUAGACAGAAACUGGACGGACACCGAGACGAGGGCGCUGCUGUACAUCCGACAGGACGAUGAAAUCAGUAGGCAAAUCAGCGGAACGGUUCGCGACUCUCUUAUUUACGCUGAAAUAUCAAGGCUUCUGCGGGUGCAAGGGAUUCACAGAACCAAGCAACAGGUCACCAACAAACUGAAAACACUCAAGCAGAAGUUCCUGAAACUACACGAGCAUCACAAAAACAACGGCCACGGCAGAGUGUACUGGAAUUACUAUGAUCUCUGCAAGUCCAUCUGGGGCAGCAAGCGCUCCACAGACGCUUUAACACUUCAUAAUAACGUGAAGCUCGAAGAGCCCCAGAGUACAUCCAUCGAGGACGCGAGGAACGAGAGCAGAUCCACAGACAUCGAGGUGUCAGUCAGUCACGACGAGGAGACGAACGACACGAUAGACGUUGGUGCUCAACCUGUGAAGAAGAAGGCCAAAAAACAUUCCAUUAGUGACUCUGUGAGAGCUCAAGAACCUCUCCACGUGCAGAAGCAGAGGGAGUAUGAGGAACGCUUGCGAAGAGAAGCCAGAGAAGAGCAGAAGGAGGACCGAGCGAGUCUUAUGGCCAUGUGGAAGGAGAUGAUGGAGUUUCAAGGGAACCUGUUAAAGGAGUUUGUUCACCGCCCAUCUCUGCCUUCACAUCCAUCUUACCACAGACAUGCUCUUCACAACCAAGGAUGCUCUAGUUUUCCAAGCACUGGCUACAUGGCACCGUACGACUCCCCACGAGCUGAAUCUGAGAAUGAAAGUGCAAUCUUACAUGAGGAAGAGGAGCAGGAGGAAGAGGAGAAAUAUGUUAUCCCAGCUGAGAUUGCACCCGUGUUGGACGUUCAGCCUGUUAACUGUGCAAACGACAGCCAAUCAAACACAGCAGAGACCGUUUCACCCCCACCUACACAAUCAGCAGGAAAGAGCGAUCUGGAGAUGUCUGUGCUACGCAGACAGGAAAUAGUCUUACAGCUUCAGGAAGAAUACUAUUCACUCAAAAUCAAGCAUCUGAAACUCAAGAUGGCCAAGGAUCCCUGACAGAACGAGGAGUGUAAACUGUUCUGCUCUCAGCUGGACUGUUGAAAUUAUCAAUGUCUAUGUGUCUGUGCAUCUCAUAUUCCUUGUAGUUCAUAUUACAUAUUUUAACCAGUAGAUGGCAAGGUGGUUACUUCAUAUUUUUCCUGGUGUCUACAGACAUGUCCAAGAGAAAUUAACAGGUAGGUCUAGAUCUUUCUUUAAAUAUGCAAAUAUUUAUAAACAUUUGCUAAUUUUUAUGGCAGUUUUUUUUAAGACAUUAUUUUGCAAAAUACUCUCCAUUGUCUCCACUAAACAUAACUUGUCUUAUUAUAAAUGAUUUGUUGGUUUAUGUAAAACCGGCUUUCACAAUAAAUUCCCGAUGGAUAAC